GCGACUGGAUGAGGACACUACUAGCGACUUUGAGCGGCGGGAGUUUAUAGUAAGCACAUGUAGUGUAGUCGCAAAACAGUGCUUCGUUUGUUGUUUGGACGAAGAAACACGACUUCCGAAAACUGAAAUUCCCCUUCGAGAGUAACUGGUUUUGUUUUGUUAGUCAUCAUCCAUUCACACCUCUGCUCUUGGGGCCUUGGCACAAAAGUUGAUGUUUGGCAGAAAGUGUUGUGAUAAUAGUUUUUUUUUUCGGCCAAUAGUGAAAAGUUUGUGUUAAGCGAUUUUGCAGACCGUUCAGUGAUCUUAGGGUGGAUAAGUGAUUAGUGCUGAGAAGCGGGAUGAGCUACUGGCUAAGAUCUCCAUCUUCAUCAUCAGCAGCGUCAUCAUCACUAUCGGAGUCUGCGGCAAAGAUUCUCAAGUGCCUCGAUCAAGUGGCUGGGGCAGUGUGAUUUUUGUUCUUCCGCGAGAAGUCGUUAAAAGUGAAUCUUGAGGCAAAAGUACGCCCCGCAGUCAUUGUUUGAAAGUAAAAUAAAGAAACGCGCAAUGCAAUCAUCGAUAGACAGCAGUGCCUUUGUUGUUAUCUUUACGGUUGUGAUAGUUCUGCUGACGACCGCAACGACACUUUGUGGCGGUUUGAACGCAGACAGGCCUAUCGAUACGGGCGGCAAAUCCGGAAGCGAUAGCCGAGGUGGUUUCGUGCGUUAUGCCAGGAUUUUCCCAACAUUACACCACCACCACAAUGAGGAUGAGCUAGCCGAUGUUGAGAGCAGCCGGUCAGAAAAUAGUGUGUGCAUGCGAUUCCUGCUGGACGGGGAAAACAUAACGCUGGAUAUGGUGCUCAACGAUGAGCUGGUUCCGAUUGGUCAUUUUAUUUCCGCGCAAGAAGCCGGCAAGGAUGUGCUUCGGGAGCUGCGGAGCGACGAAAUUGAGCGGUGCCAUUAUCAGGGCACCGUUCGAGGUCGACCAGAAUCUACGGUUGCUCUUUCGACCUGCAACGGUAGCAUUCAGGGUGUCAUUUACGACGUCUCUGAAACGUUUCUCAUCGAAAACGAAAUGGACGAUGGAUCUUCCAAUUUCACGAUGCAUUACUUAUAUCGAAGGUUACCGUUGGAAGGAGAGAUUAUCAGGGUCAGAAGAGCGUUGGAGGCAACACCUACGGCUCCUACUGAAGCCUUCCAAUUUGCAUACAAAUCGAACGCCAACUCACUGUUCGUCGAACUGGUGCUAGUUAUCGACAACGGACUUUAUCGAGCCGACGGAAACCUUCAACGGAUCCACAAGUACUGCCUGAAUUUGGUCAACAUAAUGAACACCAUCUAUCGGCCGUUGAAUAUUUUUAUCGCACUAGUCGGAGUUGUUGUUUGGACGGAGCAGAAUCAAAUCGACAUCAGUCUGGAUUCGAAAAAGACGCUGGAUAACUUUUUGGCGUAUCGGAGGACCACGCUGCUAAAAAUGAUCCCUCACGAUAAUGCCCAUCUUCUGACAUCGGUUCACUUCAACGAGAGUGUUGUUGGAAAGGCAGAAAUGGGUUCGAUGUGUACGUAUGCUGGUUCAGGCGGUGUUGAAGUUAUCGACUCAGAAAUCAUUGCGCUGCAGGCCAGUACGGUUGCUCACGAGAUGGGUCAUAAUUUUAAUAUAGAUCACGACGAGCGUGGUUGUUCGUGCCCAGGAGGAAGUUGUGUGAUGGCUUCUAAAACGGUGCGGAGUCAGGCUGCACCGAACCAGUGGAGUUCAUGUAGUCGGCAACAUUUGGAGACAGCUCUGAAGCACGGAGUCGGUGCAUGUUUGAAUAAUAAGCCGGAAAAGCUGCUUGUUAGAAGUACUUGUGGCAAUGGCCUGGUUGAACCGGGAGAAGAGUGUGACUGUGGGUUGACUGAAUCAUGUGAUACAAAAUGUUGUGACGCGAAGACCUGCCGGCUUACGGUCAAUUCGACUUGUGCAGGGGGAGCGUGCUGUGACUUGGAUAGCUGUCAGCUGAAGUCUGCUGGCACACGAUGUCGUGCAUCUGUCGGGGAAUGUGACCUGCCUGAGUUCUGCAGCGGACAAUCAGCGGUUUGUCCGAAAGAUGUUUACUUGCGUGAUACGGAAUCAUGUGCCGAUGGUAAUGCAUAUUGUUAUCAAGGCAGAUGUAGAACCAGAGAUAGUCAAUGUAAACUUUUGUGGGGAUCAACUGGAAAAUCCGUCGAUGAUUAUUGUUACCAGACUAAUCGCAACGGCUCGAUAUUUGGAAAUUGUGGAAACGACUUGCUAACCGGCCAGUACACGAAAUGUAGUCAGGAGGAUAUGAUGUGUGGAUUAUUGCACUGCAGCCAUCGAAAUGAGAAGCUUGAUUAUGGAAUGCAAGCAUACUCAAAGCUUACGACCACUAAGUUCAGUCAUUAUGGUCCUAGGGGAACUGUGAGGGAGACUAUUUGUAACACUGCUAUCGUAGAUUUAGGUUUGGAUGUGAUAAACCCUGGGCUGGUCCCAGAUGGAGCGAAAUGUGGUGAUGGAAAAAUGUGCUACAACCAAAAAUGUAUGUCUUUGAAUACACUGAGAGAAAACGAUGUUGGGGAAGAAUGUGCGAAUGGAUGUAGCGGCCAUGGUGUUUGUAAUAGUGAAGGAAAUUGUCAUUGUGAUAAAGGUUAUGGAGGACCCUACUGCGAGGAGUCCGGAUCUGGUGGAUCAGUUGAUAGUGGACCAAUCCGCGAUGAUUCUGAUGCAACCUCUAUAACUGUUUCCAUUGCAUUUACCUUACUUCUUUUCUCAUUGAUUGCAGCGUGUGCCUUCAUGUACAGAAAUAUGUUUGCAGACCAACUGAGAAAAAUUCUCGCCAAAUUCAGGAUGCGAAAAUAUGGUCACAUGGUACCUCCCGCUUCUCCAUCCAUUAUCCCUCCCAACAAACCACUACGCUUAGAAAUUUCGCAACCAGCUUUAAACACCUCGACUUCAACAACAGUUUUAAAAAAGUCGGAUACAUUACCAUUUAGAGCAGCACCGCCCCCACCUACAAUAUCGAAGGUUGAGCCCGUGCAACAAAAUUUCAUCAAGGUCAAUUUCAACAACGGUAAAAUAACAGUUGAGAACAAAGUUGCCAACUCUCCAUUUCUUCUAAGCUCACCACUUUUAGACACAUGUGAAGCAAUCCAUGAAUUCAAAUCCAAAUGUCCUCCGGUGAUUUUGAACAACCGCUCAAUAAGUGUAAGCUCCGAAGGGCCUCUCCUUGAUCAAGAAAAAGCCCAAGCAUCUAAUGAUCCACAACCCUUGGAACAAACUCUCAACAACACAGACAUAGGAACGCUUAUCAGUCAGGUGAAACUUAAGAAAGUACAAGACUUCCACACCAACCGAUCCAAGAGUGACGAAAAGUCGCAUCGUCAGCUGCCGCAACUCCCUCGGCAAAUCACAAUCGGUGAAUUUCAGAGCGUUGUUGCCGAGAUACAUCCCAAACGAAGUCCCGCCACAGAGCAACCACCUCAGAACCCUUUCUCCCAAGUAACCCUGAAGAAGACGAAACAAAACCGCACCCCCAACCUUAGUCGCGAGAACCUUGAUGAAAUAACGCAGGAUACUCCCGAAGGCCAGAAACAGCGACCGAUAGCUUCGAUCAAACCACAAGUAAAUCAAUCCAAACCCUCCCUACCUCAGAAACCUCAAGCUCAACCCAGAUCAGCACAGGACCAGCAUCCAUCGGUGGCACCGAAACCAAAACCCAGUGGUGGACGCAAACUGCCUAUCACACCCGGUACCAACAACGGGACCAUCAAUCGACCUCCCCUGCAGAGGAAACCUGCCAUUGUUAUUAGUGAUGACAUCGAGUCCGAACCGAGUGGGGUAGCCGCUCUUAAGGCCAAGCUUAACCUCGAUCAGCGACCAACAGCGCUCGGCGGUGUCAAACGGUAAAAUUGUUAGUCGUCAUUGGAAAAAAUCUUUGGAUAUUUGUUAAAUCUCGUACAGCGAGUUGAUUUUAAUCUUUUUUCGAGAACAAAGCCCCCGGAGGGUAAACGUGCUUGUAUUUGAGAUACACCGUUAGCUUAAUAGAUUUUAACAUUGUGAUUUGAAACGAUACCCGAACGCUGUGCUCCGGCAAGUGCAGUACUAAGUAUAGAUUGUAGGUAAUUAUCUCAUAUCACGUUACUAGGACAAAUAUCUCAAUCAAACAGACUGCUUGCAAUUAGUAGGUACUUAAGCUCGAAUACG